CCAUCCAGCUGACAGGCCACAAAUUCACAAUCUCCUGUAGUGCCUGACCGUCCGUGCUAAAGGUCGCCACAUAUAUAAAUGUCAGCAUCCUGUGGAUGGAUCCUCUCUGCUACUUCAGCUCCCACGCACAGACACGGACUCUACCUCUGCCAGAUAGCUGCUCCCGCUGGGUUAAAGAGAGAAACCAGGGCGCACCAUGAAGCUCCAGCUGCCGAACCCGGGUCUGGAAGACCGGAUCCUGUCCCAUGAAGAGCUUGCGGAGUUGGAGACGAAGGAGGUGGGAGACAGGCCCAAAUGGGACAGCAAGACCCAGUACAUGCUGACGUGUGUGGGGUUCUGCGUGGGCCUGGGGAACGUGUGGCGCUUCCCCUACCUGUGCCAGAGCCAUGGAGGAGGCGCAUUCAUGAUCCCAUUUCUCAUCCUGCUGGUGCUUGAAGGCAUCCCACUCUUACACCUGGAGUUUGCCAUCGGGCAGCGUCUCAGGAAGGGCAGUCUUGGGGUGUGGAAGACCGUCCACCCCUACCUGAUGGGAGUGGGAAUUGCAUCCAUGCUUGUGUCCUUUAUGAUCAGCCUGUAUUACAACACCAUCAUUGCUUGGGUGAUGUGGUAUUUCUUCAACUCCUUUCAAGAGCCACUGCCAUGGAGCCAAUGUCCUCUCAAUGCAAACAAGACAGGUCUGGAGACAGAAUGUGAGAGAAGCUCCCCGGUUGAUUACUUCUGGUACCGGGAGACGCUCAACACCUCAGAGUCCAUCGACGUGUCAGGCGGUCUGCAGUGGUGGAUGGUGCUGUGUCUCGUGUCAGCCUGGGGUGUUCUCUACAUCUGCUGCAUCCGCGGCAUUGAGACCACUGGGAAGGCUGUGUACAUUACCUCCACGCUUCCGUACGUGGUCCUCACCAUUUUCCUGAUCAGAGGGUUAACACUGAAAGGGUCUCUGAAUGGAGUUAAGUUCCUUUUCACCCCAGAUGUCAAUGAGCUGGCUAACCCCUCUACCUGGCUUGAUGCGGGUGCCCAGGUGUUUUACUCCUUCUCUCUGGCCUUUGGUGGCCUGAUCUCCUUCUCCAGCUACAACUCAGUGUUUAAUAACUGUGAACAGGAUGCAGUUAUCGUCUCUAUCAUAAACGGCCUUACAUCUGUUUAUGCGGCGACAGUUAUCUACACCAUCAUCGGCUUCCGUGCCACAGAGAGAUAUGACGACUGCAUCAAUGGGAACAUCCUGACACUGCUAAACACGCUUGAUCUUCCUGAGGGAAGCAUCACUGACAGCAACUACACCGAGGCUCUGCUAAGUCUUAACGGCACACAUUCAGAUGUUAUUGGGCAGCUGACCCUGAAGACCUGUAAUCUGGACACAUUUCUAAGUGAGGGGGUUGAGGGAACUGGUCUGGCCUUCAUUGUGUUCACAGAGGCCAUUACCAAGAUGCCUGUGUCACCGCUGUGGUCCAUCCUCUUCUUUGUCAUGCUCUUCUGCCUUGGGCUAUCCUCUAUGUUUGGCAAUAUUGAGGGGGUGCUGGUGCCCCUUCAGGACCUCAAAGUUUUCCCCAAGACGUGGCCAAAAGAAGCAAUCUCAGGAUUGACUUGCCUUGUCUGCUGCCUCAUUGGGCUGAUAUUUGUCCAGCAGUCAGGUAACUACUGGCUGGCCCUCUUUGACGGUUAUGCUGGAUCCAUCCCUCUACUGAUCAUAGCUUUCUGUGAGACGGUGGGCGUGGUGUACAUCUAUGGGAUAGACCGGUUCAAUGACGACAUUGAGUUCAUGAUUGGCCACAAGCCCAACAUAUUCUGGCAAGCCACAUGGCGAGUGAUUAGCCCUCUGAUCAUGCUGACCAUCUUUCUGUUCUAUUUCGUCACCAAAGUCAGCGAAGAGCUGUCAUACAUCACCUGGAACCCUGAAUCGGAGAACUUCCCUACUCUGGAGGAGCGACCUUACCCAACUUGGAUCUCCUUUGUAAUCUUUGUCCUGGCUGGAAUUCCAACUCUUGCUAUACCUUUCACAGCAGUAUUUAAAUUCUUCCAGAACCGCUGUGGCAAAAAAGAUGAGGACUAUGGCAAAACAGGCCUGCCCACCAUCUCCUCCACAGUUGAAAUGAGUGACAAAGCAUAAGACUUCAAAAGACUAUAAUAAUCCACCAUGGGAUGGUAAACUGUACCUUGAACAUUAUAGUAAAAUAGCUGAGACUUAAAAUUUUUAUUUUGUUUCAAACUAUAAUGGGAUCUACAAGGACUGAAGCUAAAUGGACUCAUUUGAUCUCUGGUUUCAGAGAGAACAUUUGAAUGUUGCUGCCAUGACACUGACCUUUUAUUCAGAGAAUAAGAUUUUGUCAGUUUUAAAAAUAUUUGGUUGGAGUACCAGUAAAAUGUAUAUUUUUAGUAGGUGGAAAAAAUUUUAUCUAUCCCAACUAGGGGGUGGGGAGGCCCAUACUAUAUGUCUGUAAUUCCUUUUUUUGCAUGCACUGUCUUAGUAUCUCUUAACGCUAAGGUCCACCAAGAACCAUAUAUUUGCAGUGGUAUACAUCUUUGUCGUACUGACGGCUGUAGCAUUACCCCAAAGAAAUAUGACCAGCAACUCCACGUGAGUUCCUGGUCAAAAUCCUUUCUAAACUUUUUGUCUUUUGUACUUUUAUGUGCUAAUGUGCUAAUGUUAAUAAACUCAUAACUAGGCAUUCUAAAAUAUUAAGGAAUAUUUGGUGAAUCUUUAGUUUGAUGCCCCCAGGUGGGGGUGCUGUCAUUAUACACUUGAGCAAGAUACUUAACCUGAAUUGCUUUUGGGAAAUUUCCAGCUAUAUUUAAGCUGUAUAUAAGGAACAUAAACUGUGUAAGUUGCCUUGGAUACGAUUACUGUACCUGCUAAAUGACUGAGGAGUAAAUGUAAUGUGUAUCAGAUAAAACACAUGCAGACAUUUUUACUGAUAAUUCCCUUAUGAUAAGGAAUACUACAGCAAAUGUAGUGUUCUUUAUAAUUAGUGCCAUUAGUGAUAUUUUGAGUUUUUAUCAAAGAAAAGUGUGACUUGUUUUGGAUUAAUGUUUGCUUUUUUGCAUCAGUAUAUAUAAAAAAAGUUUGCUGUACUAUUAUGUGCAAGUCAAACAAACAGCAAUGAGAGCUUUGCCUUUCUGGAAUGUUUGGAAUUCCCGGGAAUCAAUAGGACUGCUUUCCUUUUUUAUUUAAUUGGUUAAUGGCCUACCUUUUUCUAUUUCAAAGCACCAUUUUAAAGCUCCAUUCCACAGAAUUUUGUAUCGGCAUUAGCAAUGUAUUUCAGAUAUGUAGGUUUAUAUCUUCUGCCCUGCCACAUUUUUUUCAGCUAACACACUGUGCGCAUAAUUUAGUCUCACUCCUUAGGCUGUUUGAUAUUUUCUGUAUUGAUUUCAAAAUAAAUACAUCGGUUAAAUUA